AUGAUUCUAAAUGCUGCAAGACGAUGGGAGAAUACGUGUAAGACAGCCAGAGGAGUCAUAUAUGAUGAAAUUACAAGUUAUGAUACUUUCGAUGCAAAACCUAUGGCAAAGAAAAACAGAGAAGAUAAAGAAGUGGACCGCGUUUCUAACGUGCGUAACAUAUCGGUCAUCACCGAUUCCCUGAUAUCUAAAGCUGGUAUUAUCGCUUCUGCGAAAGCUGGUGAAACUCGUUAUACUGAUGUUCGUUUUUACGAACAAGAUCGAUGUAUUACAAUAAAGUCCACGGCUAUUUCAAUUUACUUUGAAUUGAAUGAAGAAAAUCUACAUGAUAUAAAACAGGAGAUCUAUGGUAUGAUAUUUUUAUGA